CUUCGGUCACGCACUUUCCUUUUCUUUCCUCACACUCUCCUUCUCCCUCGGCACUCCGCUCGACGCUAAAAAGGAAUAAUGAAGACUCCGUGCCUCAUCUCAGUCCCCUUCCCUUCUCCCUCAUUCUCUACAGAGAUGGCUUCCGCCUCUCCUUCCCUCCACUUCCUUAUCUUCAUCCUCCUCUUCGCCGCCCUCUCAUCACUCCCAACCGAGGCGGGCGCGCCGACAGCUUCGAUGCGGCCCGCAUCGACAUUGCCGGGGCUGAAAUCGGCGCUGAUCGACGAGGCCAAGCGGCGCCGGCUCAGCAACUUCCAGAUAUGCGCCCUCUGCACGUGCUGCGGCGGCCCCCGCGGCCUCUGCCUGCCCUCGCCCUGCUGCUACACCAUCAACUGCAACAUCCCCAACCGGCCCUUCGGCUUCUGCGCCUUCACCCCCAAAUCCUGCAACUGCUUCGGGUGCCAUCUCUGAAACAAUCCCCCCCCCAAAAUUCUAAUCUCCGAUUGCUUGCUCACUAGUCACCAUAUGCCGGGAGUAACACUCCCUAAAACAACUGUUUAUGCAUAAUUGGUAUUAUUGGCUCACCUAUGCGCUGCAUUUUGUGUCCUGCU